GAUUAUUAAAGACCCUCGAUGACUUGAUACUACUGUGCAGCUAAGCUUGAACCAUCCCGUAGGGGAUGAUCCUUUCCUUCUUCAGGAAGAUGGUUCUGACUCUAGUGUUUCUAAUGUGGACCUCGAAGAGACAAUUUCUCAUCCUUUUUAACAUGAUCCUAAUUUCCGAACUCCUUGGGGCUAGAUGGUUUCCUAAAACUCUGCCCUGUGAUGUCACUCUGGAUGCUCCAAACGCCCAUGUGAUCGUGGACUGCACAGACAAGCAUUUGACAGAAAUUCCUGGAGAUAUUCCCACCAAUGCCACCAACCUCACCCUCACCAUUAACCAUAUAGCGGGUAUCUCUCCAGCGUCCUUCUACCGGCUGGACCACCUGGUAGAGAUCGAUUUCAGAUGCAACUGUGUACCUGUUCGACCGGGGCCAAAAGACAAUGUGUGUACCAGAAGGCUGCAGAUUGAACCCAGCAGCUUUAGUAAACUCACUUAUUUAAAAUCUCUUUACCUGGAUGGAAACCAGCUUCUAGAAAUACCUCAGGAUCUUCCUCCCAGCUUACAGCUGCUGAGCCUUGAGGCCAACAACAUCUUUUCGAUCAUGAAAGAGAACCUAACAGAACUGGCCAACCUCGAAAUACUCUACCUGGGCCAAAACUGUUACUAUCGCAAUCCUUGUAAUGUUUCGUUUUCCAUUGAAAAAGAUGCUUUUCUAAAUAUGACAAAUUUAAAAUUGCUCUCCCUAAAAGAUAACAAUAUCUCAGCUGUCCCCACUAUUUUGCCACCUACUUUAACUGAACUCUAUCUUUAUAACAACAUCAUUGCGAAGAUCCAAGAAGAUGAUUUUAAUAACCUCAAUCGACUGCAAGUUCUUGACCUAAGUGGAAAUUGCCCUCGUUGUUAUAAUGCUCCGUUUCCUUGUACACCCUGUGAAAAUAAUUCUCCCCUACAUAUCGACCUAAAUGCUUUUGAUGCAUUGACAGAAUUACAAAUUUUACGUCUACACAGUAACUCUCUUCAGCAUGUGCCCCAAAGAUGGUUUAAAAACGUUAACAAACUUAAGGAACUAGAUCUUUCCCAAAACUUCUUGGCCAAAGAAAUUGGGGAUGCCAAAUUUUUGCAUCUUCUCCACAACCUUGUCCAAUUGGAUCUGUCUUUCAAUUAUGAACUUCAGGUCUAUCGUGCAUUUAUGAAUCUGUCAGAUGCAUUUUCUUCACUGAAAAACUUGAAAGUUUUGCGGAUCAAAGGCUAUGUCUUUAAAGAGCUGAGAAGUUCAUACCUCUCCCCAUUACAUAAUCUUUCCAAUCUUGAAGUUCUUGAUCUUGGCACUAACUUUAUAAAAAUCGCUGACCUCAGCAUAUUUAACCAAUUUAAAACAUUGAAAUUCAUAGAUCUCUCAGUGAAUAAAAUAUCACCUUCAGGAGAUUCAAGUGAAGAUGGCUUCUGCUCUAACAUGAGAACUUCUGUAGAAGGUCAUGGGCCCCACGUCCUUGAAGCAUUACAUUAUUUCAGGUAUGAUGAAUUUGCAAGGAGUUGCAGGUCCAAAAGCAAAGAGCCUCCUUCCCUCUUGUCUCUUAAUGAAGAUUGUUACAAGUAUGGGCCGACCUUGGACCUAAGUGGAAAUAAUAUAUUUUUUAUCAAGUCUUCUGAGUUUCAGCAUCUUUCUUUCCUCAAAUGCCUAAACUUAUCGGGAAAUAGCAUUAGCCAGACGCUUAAUGGUAGUGAAUUUCAGCCUUUAGUGGAGUUGAAAUAUUUGGACUUCUCUAACAAUCGGCUUGAUUUACUCUACUCAACGGCAUUUGAGGAGCUACGCAACCUGGAAGUCCUAGAUAUAAGUAGUAACAGCCAUUAUUUUCAAUCAGAAGGAAUAACUCACAUGCUAAAUUUCACCAGGAACCUAAAGGUUCUGAAGAAACUGAUGAUGAACAACAAUGACAUCGCUACCUCCACCAGCAGGACCAUGGAGAGCGAAUCUCUUAAAAUUCUGGAAUUCAGAGGCAAUCAUUUGGAUAUUUUAUGGAGAGAUGGUGAUAAUAGAUACUUAAAACUCUUUAAGAAUCUGCUGAGCUUAGAGGAAUUAGACAUCUCUGAAAAUUCCCUGCGUUUCUUACCUAGUGGAGUUUUUGAUGGUAUGCCUCCAAAUCUGAAGACUCUCUCCUUGGCCAAAAAUGGGCUCACGUCUUUCAACUGGGGAAGACUCCAGUACCUGAGCAAUCUAGAAACGUUGGACCUCAGCUACAACCAACUGAAGACUGUCCCUGAGAGAUUAUCCAACUGUUCCCACAGCCUCAAGAAGCUCAUACUUAAGAACAAUCAAAUCAGGCACCUGACAAAGUAUUUUCUACAAGAUGCUUUCCAGUUACGGCAUCUGGACCUGAGCUCAAAUAAAAUCCAGGUUAUCCAAAAGACUAGUUUUCCAGAAAACGUCCUCAACAACCUGAACAUUCUGUUUUUGCAUCACAAUCGGUUUCUGUGCAACUGUGAUGCUGUGUGGUUUGUCUGGUGGGUUAACCAUACAGAGGUGACGAUUCCUUACUUGGCCACAGAUGUGACUUGUAUGGGACCAGGAGCACACAAGGGCCAGAGUGUAGUGUCUCUGGAUCUAUAUACCUGUGAGUUAGAUCUGACUAACUUCGUCCUGUUCUCACUUUCCAUAUCGGCAGCUCUCUUUCUGAUGAUGAUCACAACAGCAAACCAUCUCUAUUUCUGGGAUGUGUGGUAUAGUUACCAUUUCUGUAAGGCCAAAAUAAAGGGCUAUCGACGUCUGAUAUCACCAAAUUCUUGCUACGAUGCUUUUAUUGUGUAUGACACUAAAGACCCAGCAGUGACAGAGUGGGUUUUGGAUGAGCUGGUGGCCAAAUUGGAAGACCCAAGAGAGAAAUGUUUUAAUUUAUGUCUCGAGGAAAGGGACUGGUUACCAGGGCAGCCUGUUCUGGAAAAUCUUUCCCAGAGCAUACAGCUUAGCAAAAAGACAGUGUUUGUCAUGACAGACAAGUAUGCAAAGACUGAGAAUUUUAAGAUAGCAUUUUACUUGUCCCAUCAGAGGCUCAUGGAUGAAAAAGUGGACGUAAUUAUCUUGAUAUUCCUUGAGAAGCCCCUUCAGAAGUCCAAGUUUCUCCAGCUCCGGAAGAGGCUCUGUGGGAGUUCUGUCCUUGAGUGGCCAACAAACCCACAGGCUCAUCCGUACUUCUGGCAGUGUCUGAAAAACGCCCUGGCCACAGACAAUCACGUGACCUACAGUCAGGUGUUCAAAGAGACAGCCUAGCCCUUCUUUGCAAAAUGUGACUGCCUAACUUACCAAGGAGAGGCUCGGCUGCCUAGAUUGGCUCAUCCGUGUCCCACCAAAAGAGUGUUUUAAACUUUUCCAAGCCCUGAGAUUGCCCAUAUUGGAGAGGAGUCACCGAUAGAUGACAGAGGAACUGGAAAAUUGGGAUUUAUAUAAGCGUCAAGUCAUCUUUCUUAGCUCUCUCUGUCUCCAUUUGCAGUUGAGUCUCUGCCUUCUGCUCCUGUAUAAAAUACUGUUGGGAGAAGGGUGGCAAGUAGAGGACAUGGCACUUUGAUUCUCCUGGAAUUGUGAUUAUUACGUAAACACACAGUCACUAAAUUGAGAAGAACUGCAUUUCUACCCUUAAGAAGUACUGGUAUGUGUGGAAAUAGGGUAAAAAAAAAAUGCUCAGGGUCUACCUAUAUGACAUUAAAAUGCACCAGAGUUAAUUAGUGGGAAUAAACCAAAAACAAAAACAGUUAACUCCUCAACCAAUUGCUUGAGUGUAAUCUAGCACCCCCUUCUGUGCAGACUGAGUGUUGGCACCCAACAGGUGGUUGCUGCUCAAGUGCUCCUCGCUCGUUUCCCCUGGGCCUGUUAUUGGGUUCUGUGGGGAAAUAGAAACAUCUUUGCCAUUGAUGGACAUAGUCUCCUUACAAAUGGGAGAAAAAUAAAGUGCUCUGCCUUUAUGCAAAAUGAUGCUCUUCACCUUUGAUGAUAAUUUACCUGCUUAAAUAUUGCUGUGACUAAAUGUUUGUGCCCACCCCCAAAUUCAUAUGUUGAAAUCCUAACCCCCAAUAUGAUGGUAUUAGGAGGCGGGGUUUUUGAGAGGUGAUUAGAUCACGAGAGUGGAGCCCUCAUGAUGGGAUUACUGCCUUAGAAGAAGCAGCCAGAGGACUGAGGAUACAAAGAGAAGUGGGCAGUCUGCAAGCCACAAGAGGACUCUCACCAGAACCAGAUCGUGUUGGCACUCUGAUCUCAGACUUCCGUCCUUCAGACCUGUGAGAAAUAAAUGUUUGUUCUUUAAGCCACCCAGUUUGUGAUGUUUUGUUAUAGCAACCAAGCUAAGACAAAUAUUUUCAUCUGCAUUGAAAAGUACUGUAUCCAAAGAAAAAUUGCCUCAUCCAAUUAUCUUUCAAACUGCUUUGUUAACUAAUACUGUAUAUUUAUAAUCAUCUGAAAACUUGAUCCAUCAACAUUAGACGAUUUUGGUGGUAAACUCUGAAGAAGGACCCCAAGAGCGUGUAUUUAUUUAGAAUUAUCAGGCAGGGAUGACAACUGCAUGGAUUCCUUUAAAUUUGGGGGUCGGGGGAGGAACAGAGGUUUUUCGACCUUAACACUGAGAAAGCCUCAGUCUUGAGCUUCGGCUUCACUACUCAGAAAAAGAACAGAAAGGACCAAGAUGUUCUGAAGACACACCUUCCAAGUGGGUAUAAAUCUGCAUGAGUUCAAAGUUUGAAACGUGACCAAUUUGCUUUUAUUUCGUGAAAGAAGUUAUCUACAGAGGUGUCUGUGCCCUUUGGAAGAUAGUGUGUAAGGGUUCACAUCUGAGAGUAUGAGCUGGGAGAUACUGUAUUUUCCUCGUAUGUGGAAAAGCCAAAGGUUUUACUUUAAGGAUGGCUAUCCAUACACAGUAUAUAAAUUAUUUCCAAAGGACACAUAAUCAAUUAAUAAGAGUCACAAAUUCCCAAAUUAAUCUCUGGAUUGAAUAGAGCCAAUGAUCUGACAACCUCUAUAAACUUGAUUGUACUUCAUAGAUGCCUUCUUCGGUGAAAACAAAGAUAGCAUCAUAAAAAUUGGCUUUGGCAUGAUAAACUUUCUUCUAUUAAAACACAUAAAUACAGGGACCUCCCUGGCGAUCCAGUGGUUAAGACUCUGUGCUUCCACUGCAGGGGGCACGGGUUCGAUCCCUGGUCGGGGAACUAAGAUCCCGCAUGCCACGAGGUGCAGCCAAAAAACACACACACACACAUAAGGUUUAAGCUAUUUUGGUGAUUCAUGAAGCACUUGAAGACAACUUAAAUAUCUGAAAUGGAUCAAGAGGAAGGGAAACUGAGAACUAUGCAACUCAGAAACCACAACGUAUUUCAACAUGAGAUUGUGUACAGUGGUUUGUUGUAAGAAAUGACCAAAAGCACUUCAACAGACGGUUUUCAUUUUAAUUCCUUUGUAAUCUCGACAAGUCACUCUUUGAACCUCCUGACAGUCUUCUGUGGAGUCUUGUUCUAUUGGAGCCAUUCAUAGAUGGCACAGAUCAAAAGCCACCAACUCAGGCCACCAGGAGCGCAUGAUGGCUAGUUCUCCUGCCAAGCUCUGAGUGUCCUGCUCUCAGCUGACCCGCUUCUGGUUGGCGCUGCUCUAGAAGGGACUCCUGAUUCUCCAUAAAUCCCACUCUACCAUCAAGGGGUUCCCAACCUCUUUCAACCCUGAACCUGGCCAGGGUGUGUCCUUCCUCCUCAGAUAGAGGCUGUACCUCAGCAAGACUUGGGCAUCUGUUAGGAUCCAAGCCAAGGGAAGCAUUAGGCAGUUUCCUUUUCGGCUUUAGGCACCCACGGCAAGCCUCGUGUCCUACACAAGAAUGAACAGAAAGAGCUGUUGUUGCAGGUGGAUUCUUCUGUUCGGAAGCGGUGGUUUGGGAAUCAGAAUCACCGAAGGAGCUUGGAAACCAUGUGGUUGCAGGCCUCCACACCAGAGGUCCUGAUCUCUGGGACCCAGGACUCUGCAUUUCUGAAACUAGCCCAAGUGCUUCUGAAGCAGCUGCUCUGCAGAGCCCCGUUUGGGAAGGGCCACAUCUUCCUUUGGGAUACCAGGGACUGUUAACUCAGGGAUCACUUCAGCAAAGAAAGCCCGAACCCCCAGGUCUUGAGCCAUGUCCAGGGUUUCACGGUAUGUCCACACGCGGGAUUUCACUGCAGCCUUGAUGGGUUGAAGCCAUCUACGGCCCUACGAGUACACUGGUGCUCAUUGACGCCAGAGGAAAGGGUCACAGCCAGCGCCUUGAGUGGCCCUCCCGGCCUACUGCGGGAAACAGCCUAGAGUUUGCCCCUGCCUUCACUUGUGCCUGAAUUCCUGAACCAAAGGCUCUGGAUUCAACCUUUCGAGGAACGCGCAUAUAGCGGCGCCCGCCGGGCCCUGCCCGGCACUCGGCGGCGACCACUGCGCAGGUCGGACCUCGUUCGCUCGUAACUCGCUCCGGUGAGCCCGGGGGCCCCUGCCUCCUGCCCUUUGCUCCCCUUCCCGCCCCGCGCCCGCAUCCGUGAAGCCGAGCAAGAGUGGUCCUCCUGAGAAAGGCGGCCCCUGGGGAGCUUGGGGCUUCCUCUGCAGCCAUGUCUGACAAACCCGAUAUGGCUGAGAUUGAGAAAUUCGAUAAGUCGAAACUGAA